AACCCCACUAAAAAAAACAAAAAUUUUUACAGUUUAAAAAGUGUGAUAAAUACUAAAAAGCACUUUUCUUUAACUCUAAACAAACUUUAAUUUUUUUUUAUCGGUGAUAAACCACGUUACAUGAAGUUUAGAGUUCCGCAGGGCUAUUGGGAAAAUUGCAGGAAUUGAACGCGCCGGUAAAUAAGAGGAAAAUAGCUCCUCACAUCAUAUGACUUCAACAGAACAAAACAGAAUCCGAUCGAUGAAAAGAAACAACAAGAUGUAACUCUAGUAGCUUGAAUAUCCUCCACAAUCUUUACAAACUCAUCAAAUAUUAGUAAAAACCACAUAUUGCGAUGUGUACGUAUUUUCCAAAUCGUCGCGGUUCAGAAAUCUAUUUCGGUAACUACAAGUCCGAUCUGAGCGAAACUUUCAACGAAUGAUGACUAUGGCAAAGUACGAUAAUAAGAUCUUUUUGUUUUAUCUAUUUCUAUACCAUCGAAGUAGCAAGAUUGUUGUUCUCUACGAAAGCCAUCUUGAGCUCUUGAGCGUUUGAACUGAGUGGGAAUUUUUCAGCGGAAAACGUCAGAUUUUAACUGGACGUUUUUGCUCUACACACCAGUAUCAUUGAAAUAUUUAUUGAUUACGGUGUUUUAACAUUAUAUGUAUUAUUUAAUAUUAUAAUCUCACAAAAAGUGUUUUAGGCUUUUUAGACAACUUAUUCGGAAAUCGCCAGAAAUCUUUCAUAUCUUUGACAGAAACAAUGUAGACCAUAAGAACAAACACACUACGCUAUGCGUUCAUGUGUUUAGGUCAGCAUCAACGUUUUAUGAAAUGUAUAUUUCUAACAGAUUUCCUUAGAUUAUUACUUCAUCGAAUUUCUCUUUUUAGUGUGGAGAUAGCGAAUAAAGAGAUAUGUUCUAUUACUAACUACUAUUACUCCAUCUGAGUUGUUAUAUGAAAUAUAUGAUUAAUUUUGGACUAUUAUUGAUAUAGAUAAAACUAUUUUUAUACUUUAUUUUCCUAUAGUCUACUGAGCGUUAUCGAUAAUGUUGUAUCUGUGAUAAUAGUGAAAGUGGAUCGUACCAUCCAUCGCUUUGUUCACCGACAAUAUGAAAUUGAAUAAUCAUAAUGUUCAGAAGAAAUUUAAUCAGUUAUUCGUUUUUUUUUUUUGUUGAAUUCUUCUAUCAACUACUGUGAUCUAUCUGACUCAACCUUUCUCAUAACUUAUUCUCCGUCGACAAGUACACAAACCUUUUUUUUCUAACGUGUUCGUCAGUCCUCUCAUGACUCAAACAUUGACUUGAUGGUCGAUUUUUCUUUUCUCAAGUAACACAAAUAUAAGAAAAAUGCGGAUUUGUAUAACCUUUGUUUUCUACAAUGAUUCUUAAUGUGAGACAUAUUAUAGUUGUAAUUCCCAUUGUUGGCAGAUGAUCCAACAUUAUUGAAUUUACAUGAAUCACUCAACAAAAACAUCUGCUCUGAUUCUUAUAGUAGAAAAAUAUCUAAAGAUGUUGUUUGUUUUUCUAAUAGUUUUAUUGAUAUUAUCAAUGUGUGUGUAUAUCUUUUGUGUCAUAGGGGAGAGAAUCGUCAUGAAAAUAUCAUUCAAUCGUUUUAAAACUAGAAUCUUUGCAAACAAAAUAUCCAAUUUGAAAAUGCUAAUUCGUCUAUAUUUCAACAGACGUUAAGUAGGCAAACUACAACAAUUCAAAGUAGUAAAACACCACAAAUUUUCCAAUGUUAUCGACUGAUUUAAUCAAUUUUGGUAAUCCAAUUUACAUUUUCUCUCGAAUCUUGAUUAUCUUGUAUCAAUGAAGAUAUUUAUAUAGAUAGAUUAAUCUAGUUAUUUAAUAAAGCUUAAUAACAAUUGAAAGUUAGGAUCUAAUUUAUUUCCGUUUCUUUCUAAAAAAAUCUUUUUCACUUGACAUGUUACAAAAAAAUUAGUCAAUUCGUACCAAAAAAUCUUUAAUCCCCUUACAUACAUUUAUACUGACCAUAGAUAGUACAGGUGUCAUAUCGACCAUCACUUAUAUAGGUGUUGUGUGACAUAUUAAAUAUAUUCUGUUCUCAAAAGAUUAGACUUUAUAUAGAUUGGAAGAUGUGGUAAUUUUUGAACUAGAAUAGAGACUAUGUGAAUUAACAUGACAAUAGAAUGUUUUUUUAUAUGUUGGUCAAAAAUAAAUAUCAGUGGAUCGAAUAUUAUUUUUGUUAUUGACUUAUGUGUUUAGAAAUGAUAUUGAAAAAAAAAUUUGUUUAGUUCGGACAAUAGGAAAAAAAACAUUUUUUUGUUUCCAUUUUUUGUUUCCUCAGGUUAAACCUCCCACGCACCGUAUUUGAUUCAUAAAAAUCUGUGAAACAAAUAGAUCAAAAGAGAAAAUUAUGUUAAAUAGCCCAUAUAGUAACUAACAGGACAUAAAGAAAAACUUAGGUGUUAAAACUAACAUAAUGACAAGGUUGAAUGAUGAUCAAUCACUACCAUCACAAGUGUUGUUUUAUAUAAUAGUUUGAAUAAAUUAAACUUCAUCACAGUCGCUUCUUUUCGUGUCUCUUCUAUACUAUGAACAGUUUAAUAGAGAUUUUUUUUUUUUCUUCACCAUGUGUCGUGGCAUCAAUGAAUUAUGUAUAAAGGCCAUUUUUUUUUGGUGACAAAAAAUGAUAAAGAGAUGAGUGAAAACAUCAAGAAAUUGAGUAGAAAAACUUGCUCUGUGUAUGGAUAUGAUUAUAACAGCUGUUGUUUUAUACUACUUCGUCGACGAUGAUGAGUUGAAGGUAGUCGUCGAUUUGAAUAUUGGUGUCCAUCAAUGACAAAUACUCUAUUUUUUUUUACUAUCAAUAUACAUUAACCAGUAAAGUAUAGACAGACUUUAUAAUAAAAUAAGAUAAUGGUUAAAACAAAACUCUUUCAUCUGACAUGAUAAUGAUUUUGAUCACAUGCAUACAAUAUCAUCGAGUAUGAUAUACUAUUGAUAAUCAUUGAAAACUAAAUAGAAUUUUACAAUAUUUUAAAAUCAAAAUUUAUCAUAUUAUGAUUGUAUAAAAAGACAAAACAAAACUUAUACAGGGUAGAAAUCUCAGUGAUGUCGAUUACUCUCAUAUGGAGUUAAAGAUCAACAUUUAUCCAUUAUACUUAUUUUCUCAUUUUAUUCUUUAUAAACAAAAAACAACAUUUCUGUUUUAAAAGAAAACAGACUAUUUGAUAAGAAAAAAAAGCUGAGAUCGAAGUGUAUGUGAUAGUAGCAUCUAUUCUAGAAGUAAAAAAUUACUUCAUCUCAGGAUAAACACUGUAUUAAAUGUUAUUUUUCGCCUCUUUUUUUUUCUCAUAGAGUCUUUAUUGAUUCUAAUGUAUAAGACAUUAAAAAGAGAUUUGUAUCCGACUAUGUUCGAUAAUUGCAGAAACAUAGAUAAUAUAUAGAAUAGCAUACGAAUUGUGCUUUAAUUACUCGUAUGAAUUAAGGAUGUACGGUUAUAUGAUCAAAUAUUUUUUGUCCUCGAAUUAUUUACACUUUAAAAGUAAUAAUUGGUUUUAAUGGAGAAAAUUUAAAUUUAUCGGAUGCUUUAUAUUAUUUCCAAUAAUAAUAACACACUUUUUUGGUUAAGGUAAGGAAAUAGAGUGAACGCUCUUUGUGUGUUUUUACCGGAUGUUGAUCACUUAUUCGAUUUCCUCUUUAAAUUUAACCAUGUUCAAUUAAUCUUUUAAUGAUAUCAACUUUCUCUCUCUUUCGAAGUGACAAUUUUUUUGAAUGGUUAAAAAUAUAUCAGCUAUUGCGAAUCCAAUUGACAUUCAUCACAUAUCGAUAGAUGUAAACAAAUAGGUGUAAUUAACUUUCUCUCUCUCUCUCCUCUCUCUCUCUCUCUAACUCUCUCUCUCUCCCUCUCUCUUUCUGUCUUUCGUGUUUUGUUCUAUGAACAAUUUUCAACAUAAUUUCAUCCGUAAGAGAGAAGAAAAGAAACGGAAAAGAGAGAAAAGAGAAAAGAGAAAAGAAAAAAGAUUGAAAUUUUUUUCCUCCUUUCGAAUCUGAAGAUAAGACACAUACACAAGUUUUGUAUGUUGAUGGUACAAAAGUUCUUCUGAAUACAAUAUAGAUUUCACAUUAUUGUUAUUGUAAGUUUCGUUUCACUUGUCUUAUUCUCAAGUCGUUUGUAAUUUGUCAUCAAAUUGUUGUCCGUGACUAAAUCGUCUAUUCUUAUUGUCAAUAUUAAACGACAUUCACGACCUAUCUGUGUAUCACUAAUUGAAAUAAUAGUAGUAAAAAAGAAUAAGAAAAGACAUUAAUCAAAGAAUUAGUGUUAUUGGCUUUAUGUUAUAAAACAUGUUCGUAAAAUUCGUUAAUCAAAUCUUUAUUAUUUUAUUAAUAUCAUUAUCAAAAUAUGCAACCCACGGAUUCUGGUGGUAAGUUUUUUUUCUAGUGAAAUAAAAUAAACGAGAUAUUAUCCUAUAAGGAAAUAUAUCCUUUGUUAAUAAGGUAUUUCAAGUAGCUGACUCCAUUUGUGAGGAUCGCAGUGAAUAAAUAGAAACAAAUUUCUAAAAAUAAUGUAUCAUUCUUGUAUUAUCAGAUUUUUCGCGGCAAAAAAAAUUCCCAGUUCUCUGUUGUAUGGGAAACUUGAGAUGAAAGAAACUCAUUUUAAUCAUUACAAAAUUUUUGAAAUUUACACUUAGUGAUUUACGUUUAAAUAUGGGAAUAUCGCUUAAGUUACAUAAGCUCGUCUCAUUAUUUUAUAGCUAUUCAAUUUUCCGAUUAACUUAUAUAACGGUGACUUUCUCAGCAAAACACAAUACAUAAACAAAAGAAAACAAUUAAUGUUAAUCUCUUAGAAUAGAAAUUCUAAUCUAUACACUGUUAAAUUUGAAAUUUCACAUACAUUCAGUCUUCUAUCCAAGUGAAACAAAAUUGCUCGUAAAUAUUCUUUGAACAUAUAAAGUAGAUAAGAAAAAGUACAUGGCUGCUAUUUUCAUUUGAUCUUUAUCUAUCUUCACUCAUUAUCUCUAUGUUUAACUGAUAAAACAAGACGAUAAUCGUUUAUUGUUUGAUCCUGUCAAACAGUACGACACAUUCAAUUAUCAGUUGUCAUAAGCGCGGUAAUUGUUAAGCAUAUUAGAAAUUAGAUCAUACACCUUGAAAAUUAGCCUUUUAAACAGUGUCUGAUAAACUUUCAAGUUAUGCUUUUUAUUUUUUUAUCUAUUUUACUGGGAACCAAAAAUAGAACACUUAUGAAUUUUUUUACAGGUCAUUGGGUUUACCAGCAUUUCAACUGUGGUCAUUACAACAACCGUCCUUUGAACAUCAACAAUUUUGUUAUUCUCUAACAUUUUUAUCCAAUGAACAGAAACAUUAUUGCCAUACAAAUCCUAAAAUGAUGCGUGUUAUUAGUAGAGGUGUGGCAAUGGCUAUUGAUGAAUGUCAAUAUCAAUUUCGUAAUCAACGUUGGAAUUGUACGAUAUUUAAUAGUUCAGAGGUGUUUGGAAAAAUUGUUUUAAGAAAAACACCUGAAACAGCCUUUAUUUAUGCCUUAACAUCUGCUGCUGUUGUACAUGCUGUUGGAAAAGCAUGUGCUAAAGGUGAACUAAGUCAAUGUGGUUGUGAUAAACAACAGCAACAAACACAAAUCAAUCAACAACGUCAGCAACGAAUGCCAUUAUUACCAAUAAAACAAUCAACAAUAUCAUCACAAACUUUAACAACAGAUUUAUAUAGUGAAAAUUCGGAGUCUGUAGGUUGGGAAUGGGGUGGAUGUUCACAUGAUAUCAAAUAUGGAAGAAAUGUUAGUAAAACAUUUGUAGAUGGACAAGAAUCAAUAAAUAAACGAAAAAUUGUUCGAAUAGUUAAUAUACAUAAUAAUGAAGCUGGAAGACAGGCUGUUGAACGUAAUGUUCAAUUGACAUGUAAGUGUCAUGGUGUUUCGGGUUCAUGUACAUUGCGUGUAUGUUGGCGUACUUUACCAGAUUUUCGUAUUGUGGGCUCGGAAUUACGUUUGAAAUAUCAAAGUGCCACACAAGUACGAUUAAAUAGAAGAUUAAAUAUUUUAAAACCACGAAAACGUCUUGUUAAAUUAUUUAAUGUUUCUGAUCUCGUUUACGUUCAUCAAUCACCAUCAUUUUGUGAAAAAAAUUUAAGAUUAGGCUCAUUGGGUACUCAAGGACGCCCAUGUAAUUUAACUGUUAAUGAACCGGGUAGUUGUUCGGUAUUGUGUUGUGAUCGCGGCUAUGAAAUUGUUGUUAAAACGAUUGAACAAGAUUGUGAAUGUCAAUUUCAUUGGUGUUGUGAAGUGAGAUGUCGAAAAUGUUUGAGAAGGGUGGAACAAUAUUUUUGUAAAUGA